AUGAAAUUCGCGGUUGUGCUAUUGUUGGCCAUUGUUGCCUUUAUUUCCUCAUCGUUUGCCCUAAAGGAUGAUAUUUGUGCUUUGGAACAUUCCAAAAAUGGUGAUGGUGUGGUGAGCUGUAAUGCCUAUUUCCCAUCGUGGUCGUAUGUAGCCGAAGCCAAUGAAUGCCGCAAUUUUGUUUAUGGUGGUUGUGGUGGAAAUGAAAAUCGUUUCGAUAGCCUAGAGGAAUGUGAACAAAAGUGUAAAGAAUGA